ACGCCUGAGUCCCGCCCCGAGCCCUGCCCGAGCGCCCCGACAACAGCCGGAAGUGCAGGGACGAGGGGCGCAGACUGACCGGAAGUGCAGGGGAAGGCGGCGCUAGUGACCGGAAGUGAAGCCCUGGGGGCACGUUCGAGUGUUGCUCCGCGGGCGGCGGGAACGGUUGUAGCGGAAGCGCGCCGCCGGGGGACAGGCGCCGCCGGAAGCGGAAGUAGCCCGGGCGGGAGGACGGAGCGGGCAGGAUUCCGAAGGCGUUUCUGAGGAAGACGCGGGGGCGGCAGCCGGUACUUAAAAUGGGGAACACAAGCAGUGAGCGAGCUGGUAUGGAGCGUCAUGGGGGCCAUAAGACGCCCCGAAGAGACAAUUCUGGUGGAGCCAUUAGUACAAAAGAAGGUGAUAGACCAAAAAUCUUGAUGGAUAGUCCUGAAGAUGCAGACUUGUUCCAUUCUGAGGAAAUAAAGGCUCCGCGCGCGAGAGAGGAAUUUCUAGCUUGGCAGCAAGAUCUGGAAGUGAGUGAAAAAGUCCCUGUUCAAAAUCGGCCAACAGUGUUUCGCUGGACUGCGGGAGGGAAAGAGGUUUAUCUGUCAGGUUCCUUCAACAACUGGAGUAAACUUCCUCUUACAAGAAGCCACAAUAACUUUGUAGCAAUUCUGGAUCUUCCAGAAGGAGAGCACCAGUACAAGUUCUAUGUGGAUGGUCAGUGGACGCAUGAUCCUUCGGAGCCAGUAGUAACCAGCCAGCUUGGUACGGUUAACAACAUCAUUCAGGUGAAGAAAACUGAUUUUGAAGUAUUUGAUGCUUUAAUGGUGGACUCCCAAAAAUGCUCAGAUAUGUCUGAGCUAUCAAGUUCACCCCCAGGACCCUACCACCAGGAUCCCUAUGUUUCUAAGCCAGAGGAACGCUUCAAGACUCCACCUAUUCUUCCACCACACCUGCUGCAGGUGAUCCUGAAUAAGGACACUGGCAUUUCUUGCGAUCCAGCUCUACUUCCUGAGCCCAAUCACGUCAUGCUGAACCACCUCUAUGCACUUUCUAUCAAGGAUGGAGUGAUGGUACUCAGCGCCACUCAUCGUUACAAGAAAAAAUAUGUGACUACAUUACUGUACAAGCCAAUAUGAUUAGACCAGGUAUCCUGGGGUGAUGAAGUGCCAGAGGGAACAAAUCCUUCGUUAAACCGAAACAUAUGCAUGGUCUAUGCUAGUGUAAACAGACUCUGAUUUCAUACGGUUUUAAAGACUUCACAUUUGUUUCAUAUUUGCCUUGUUCUCCCAGUCCCAUCUGGAAGUUUUCAGACUCAGCCAGGACCAAAUAGAUGACUGGUGGUGCUGUCAUUUUCUCAGCUCAAUAACAAUCACCUGGGAUCUACCAGUGAAAUCAGGCUGGGAAAUAUGGGGAUAGUGACAGCUCAAAUGUCAUCCAUGAGUGAUACAGGCUGUAGAAAAUAAUAUUCGAAGAAGUGCGGGAUCCUUGCUGAUCGAGUGGCUGUUUUUAUCAUAAAGCUCAAACAUUCAGUUAUAUUACCGCUGAACUCCGCAAAGAGCCCAUUCCCUGGCUCGACUACACAUGAAAAAUGGCAUUCUUUCUGUUGCAGCUUUUUUGGGAAAAGCCAGAGAUGCUGCCACUACCACAGUCACUAUUUCUUUUUUUGUUUGUUUAAUCAGUAGACAGGUUGAGUACAUUUUCCAAUGUGAGUGACGCUCUAGCAUUGUUUCUCUUAUGAGAACUCCGAAAUAACUUUUCCCCAGUGGAAUUGCUGAUAAAGACAAUUGUUCUUAAUUGCUGGGUUUUGUGUAGACCAUAUAAUGCGCCCUGCCAUAAUCUGUUCUUGUAACAGACUUGUAAUUCUCUUGCUGAUAAGGACUGGGCUGGGUUCCUAUAAAGAAAUUGAUUAAUUUAGCAUAAAGACUUUAAUUCUUCAAUAUCAGCUUUUAUCAAAUUGAUGGUAAGGUGACUCCCAAGUUACUUUAAAAACUGUAUAGUAAAUGAGAUAUUGAGGGAAAAACUCAUCUGCUUAUAUAAGCUGCUGUGGCCCCUGUGAAGUGGCACUGCAUCCACUUAUGUCAAGGGCUGGAUUGGCCCUGAAUCUAUAUUUGCAUUUGACUCUGCCAGCUUAAGUUCAUGUGGUCUCUGCAGCAAGGACUCCCAACAAUUUCUGUCACGUCCUGCUUUAUUUAUAUUUGUAUAAACGAAUGUAGUUCUCGCAAAUGAUGCCAGAUUAUCUUUCUUAGAGACUGAUGAUCCAUUUGAUCCCAAAACGAAUGCAGUAGGGGCAACACAAUUCCCUGCCAAUGUGCCUCAGGCCUGACCUGGAGGGACCAACUUGGGGAAUGCGUAGUGCCUGCCCAUUCCUGGGCACCUCUGAGUGCCAAUAAGAGUGCCAAGAGUGACCCACUACACAGGGGUGCGUAUUACAGAAAACACCAGGUAGCUAAUCAGAUGGUGACUUAGAUCAUUGGUGACCACGAUUAGAUGUGAUACAGUCAAUAAGACUCAUUUUCAGUCUUCUGAACUGUUCAAUUGUAUUGUUACAAUAUUUUGAGUAGUUCAGGGUACAUUGCUAUUGGGUUUUCUUUGAAAACAUGGAAUUCCUGUCACUGUCUGACCUCUUCAGAAACAAGUUAAAAUAUAAAGCAUUUUAAGGAAAAA